UCCGAGUGGCAGUUCUGGCCGCUGAUACGAGUGGCGGUUUUUGGAAAAAGUGUGUUAUUUUUGAAAUUUUUCGGAGUUAAGUGCUAUUUUUGAGAAAAAAAAAUUAAACAGUGCUAUUUGUGAAAAAAUCUGUCAUGUGUUGGCGGGCCUAGUAUUUAGCGAAACCCUUAGCUGGGCCCAAACAAACAACUCUCCUCAUAAGAGCUGAGAUAAGUGAAGUGAAGAAAGAAAUGCAGUUAAGAGUGCAAGGCUGAGACCUAGACAAUGACGAUGACGUUGUUCAGUGGCAGAGCCAGUGGCUACUACUGCUGCUCUUCCUCGUCCACACCGUCCUUCAUCCAACCUGUCAAGAAUAUUAAUAAUGCUGCAGCUCCUUCCCGCCUUCUUCUCCGUUCGUCCGCUGCCGCCACCGCCACCGCCUUCGGCUGUUUUCCUCUUCGAGUUGCAGUCUCCGUAGUCACCGAUGAAUACGCGUAUCCUUCGCCCUCUCCAUCCGCCCCUGGUUUCGAUAACGUCACCCGCCGCCUCAUUCUCCUCCGCCAUGCUCACAGUUCCUUCACACAGCCUGCCUUGCGAGACCACGAUCGUCCACUUACCUCAACUGGACAAUCUGACGCCGCCAAAGUCGCGCUUAAGCUUCAACAGCUUGGUUGGAUGCCUCAUCUCAUCUUACUAAGUGACGCCGCGAGAACUAGAGAAACGCUCAAGAUAAUGCAGGAGAGCGUCCCGACAUUUUUGGAUGCAGAGGUUCGUUUCAUCCCCAGCUUCUACUCCAUCGCAGCCAUGGAUGGGCAGACUGUUGGGCACCUCCAGCUCUCCGUCUGCAAGCAUUCAACCGACGACUUACUCACCGUCAUGUGCAUGGGACAUAAUAGGGGAUGGGAGGAAGCGGCAUCUAUCUUAACUGGCACCACAGUUGAACUCAAGACCUGCAAUGCUGCUUUGCUUGAAGCUACUGGAAAAUCUUGGGAAGAGGCAUUUGCAUUGGCAGGGCUGGGUGGGUGGAAGCUUCAAGGAAUAGUGAAACCAAGUGAUGGGAUAGUAUAGUUAUGUGCAGUUGGAGAAGGGGGAGGAGGAGGGUGGAAUGCAAUGCUUGCUUAUCCUCAACCACCACCACUGGACGAGUUUGCUUCCCGGAAACGAAAUGAUUAAGAUAGGACCAAUGGCGUCGUUGUCUUCCAUCCCACGGACUGUUGCCUUCCAGUACUAAUUAUCUCGACCAGAUCAGAUCAGAUGGAGAGGUCGAAAACUGUAGAUGGGAAGGAAAUAUAAGAAGGCGGCGAUGGCUUGGCCGGAGUGUUUUUGAGGGAUGGAAGGAAGAGGGUUUGUUUUCUGCGCGUGCUGUAGCCUGUAGGUAGAGAGAAGUAAUUUGUAGAGGACCAUUUAUAGCUUGCUUUUUACCUGCUUAGUAAAUCAUAAUUGGCUUAGUCUGCAACGAGAAGUCCUUUGAUUCACCCCUCCAAUUUGUUUUGGGACGUGUUACUUUUAUGGGUAAAUUACUAUAUAUAUAAUUUUAUGUUUGCCAUUAAAAUUAGUUUAUUUCAUUCAUGGUCACUAAGAUUAGUUGAACAGUCUUGGUCACUUUCCGUUAGUCUCCAUUAAUUUUUGCUGAUGUGGUAGUCAACUUUUAUAAUUGAGCGUUAAACUAGUGACGUGGCAAAUAAAAUAUAUAAUUUUUUUUUAAUGUUUUAAAAUUUUCAUUGCAUGAAUGGCAAAUCCGAUGGCGUCGUGUUCUCUUCAGUUCUGAGUACUCUUCCUCUUGAAUCUUGCCCCUGCCCCGGCUUUCUUCGCAGGAACAUCCUCUUCCUCCCUUCAUGCCGCCUUGGGUUGACUGCUUCGCUGGAGAACCAAAUUCAAGCUCACGGUCGACAAAUCAACCGUUCUUGGAUUACCACAUCUGUCAACAACCCUCAACUUGUAAUUUUCAUCCUUCGUGCUAACUGCCGUCGGGGCCGAGUUUAGUGAUGGCAAUGGGGCGGGGCGGGACGGGUACCUCAAUUCCCAUGCCCCGCCCCACGCUACUACGGGGCGGGUCGACCAACUCUUACUUGUUAUUCGAAAAAAAUACAAAUAAAUUUUACUUUUUACG